CUUGGCGUGGUUCCAGGUGUUGCCGACGGUGAGGGGCCCAUGGUCGGAGAGGAUCUGGAGGAGUCGGCCGGAAAUGGCGACGGCCUCCUCCUUGGGCACCUUGGGGUUGAUCCGCCUCACGUCCACGGACCGCUUCUUAGAGAAGUGCCGCCGCAACACCUCCCACGCCACCCCCGGGAACCCACCGCCCCCGCCCCCGCCGCCGCUGCCUCGGAGGAACUGCAUCACGCCGCUGACGCCUGGGUCGCUGGGGUUCAGUGUAAAGCCCUCUUCCUCCUCACCCCCUGGGAGUGGGCUAGAGGAUAAAAUGCUGUCCAUUUGGGCCCAACAGGCCCAGGCCCAGCCCAACAAUUGCUGACUCGGGCUCGGCCAGCUGGUCCAUUCGCCGCCCAGCCCUCACAGACUCGUCUCGUCGUCGGCCACUCCCGUCCGCGAGCCGCUCCAUCCAACCACCUCAUCCCUCUCCGACACGGGCCGCGGCCGACCGCCGGCUCCGUGGCCUUGACACCAGUUGACGAGGAGCAUCUCUACUCUACAGGUCAGCACCCCCGCUUCCUUCUCACGCUUCUCCUGCCUGUCGAGUCCACUUGCCUUGCCCUGGCCGGCUCAGACCACGGGAUCUAUUGUCCUAUAUUACGUCGGCCGCGGAAGGAUCUAUUGAUUUUUUUUUGUUCUAAUUUUGCAGCGCAAAUCGGCAGAUGCUUGGUCAAUAUCCGGCGGCGGCAUAUGUCAACUCUCCCCUUAUGCGAUGGAACUGCCAACUCGCCGUGCUGGUCGGAGUGCUCUGGAUCGAGGCUUGCUGCUGCGCGCCGUGUUGGGAGGGAAGCUGCCGUCUCCUGCCGCUGGGAGAAGCCGGGGACCCUCUGUUUGCUGAGGGCAAAAUCUCCUUCCUUGCGCAGGCACUCGAGGAAGGUGCAAUGGGCUAUCAGAACCAUGUCCGACGACAGCGGUGACCAAUCAGGCAACAGCACUCGCCUCUUCAGCGCGAUCCGUUCAUUCUGGAACCAGUUGUCUGCCAAGCUGAAGAAAGCAAGGAGAGGGUUGCCAGUGAAGAUCCUAUUCUUUCUGAUCGGGUUCUACUGCGCUACCGCGUUCGCUACCGUCAUCGGGCAAACGGGUGACUGGGACAUAUUGUCGGCCGGACUUGCUGUUGCCAUCGUGGAGGUUAUCGGUGCGCUGAUGUAUAGGGCCUCCUUUGCAUUCCUCGGUAGGAUCGGGAACAUGAUUACCGUGUUUAAUUACUGGAAAGCUGGGCUUACACUUGGGCUGUUCUUGGACUCUUUCAAGUAUGAAGUGGAUGAAUUUCUUGAAUCGUGUAACCCAUUCAACUUUCAGAUUAAUAUAUUUACUGGGUUUUGUUGGUGAA